AUGGAUCUGCAUCCGUUUUCUGCCCCCUUGCUUCUCUUCUUCCUAUGGCAGAUCUGCAGGCUGAGGAAGGAGUGGUGGAGGCUGGAGGCCGGAGCUGCGGGUGCAGCGGCGCUUGAGGGAGGAGCUGCUGCUGUUGGAGGACGGCGCUGCUGCACAGGCUGGUGGAGCAACCGGCGGUGGUUGGCCUUGUUGCUGAGUUCUGCUGCCGCUGCUCUUGGUGGAGGAGAUGGGUACGGCGCUGCUGGAAUAGGAAGAGCAGGAGAAGAAGGAAACGAUGGCCGAGAGAGAGAGGAGGGAGCGUGUGUGGGUCUCCUGGUGUGCGGCUGGGAGAGAGGGAAGGGUAGAUCGGGGCUGUGUUCUGGCUGCCAAGAGGGAGAAGGUCUGUGUGGCUGUUUUGGGGCUGGAAACGAGAGAGGGAUGAGGCUCCUUCGGGUUGCAGGAGAAGGAAAGGCUGCUGGCUGGCCAGUUAGGGAAACCCUGAUGGAUGGGGGGCGGCGGCUUCUCCUCUCUUUGGGAAGGAGUGGUGGAGGCUGGAGGCCGGAGCUGCGGGUGCAGCGGCGCUUGAGGGAGGAGCUGCUGCUGUUGGAGGACGGCGCUGCUGCACAGGCUGGUGGAGCAACCGGGUCUGUUGGAGGGAGAAACUGUCGAGGCUGGUGGCGCGUCGGUGGUGUUCGUUCCUGUUGGUGGCAGCGGUGGUUGGCCUUGUUGCUGAGUUCUGCUGCCGCUGCUCUUGGUGGAGGAGAUGGGUACGACGCUGCUGGAAUAGGAAGAGAAGGAGAAGAAGGAAACGGUGGCCGAGAGAGAGAGGAGGGAGCGUGUGUGGGUCUCCUGGUGUGCGGCUGA